GUACACCAAACUGCAGCACAAAACCCAUAAAACGUUAACAUGGCUAACUCAAUUACACUGUGUCUUUGUUUCUCUUCCUUGGCAAUUCUAGCCACCAUUCAAGGAAUCCAUGCAGUGGACUAUACAUUUACAAACACUGCAGCAAACACUCCUGGAGGUGUUAGAUUCACUAAUGAGAUUGGGGAACAAUACAGCAUCCAAACGCUGGAUGCAGCUACGAAUUUCAUAUGGAAAAUCUUCCAACAAGACACGACUCCGGCCGACAGAAAAAAUGUCCAGAAGGUGAGUUUAUUCAUCGAUGAUAUGGACGGAGUUGCGUAUGCCAGCAACAAUGAGAUUCACGUCAGUGCAAGAUACAUACAGGGUUAUUCUGGUGAUGUGAAAACGGAGAUCACUGGAGUUUUGUAUCAUGAAAUGACUCACAUCUGGCAAUGGAAUGGAAAUGGUCAAGCUCCAGGAGGUCUUAUAGAAGGUAUAGCUGAUUAUGUGAGGCUGAAGGCUGGUUAUGCACCAAGUCAUUGGGUUAAACCCGGGGAAGGAGACAGGUGGGAUCAAGGUUAUGAUGUGACCGCACGAUUCUUGGAUUAUUGCGACAGUCUCAGAAGUGGAUUUGUUGCAGAACUUAACAAGAAAAUGAGAGAUGGUUACAACAACACCUACUUCGUUGAUCUUCUGGGCAAGACAGUAGAUCAGCUCUGGAUGGACUACAAAGCAAAAUAUAAUACCUAAUUAAUUAGAGGAAUAUUAUAUGUUUUGGGGCUUUCAAUUUCCAAUAAUUAAUAAAGAAUAAUCUGUUUCCAGAAAAGAAAAAUUAUAUAAAGAAUAAUCUCAAGCCCUUGCUAAUAGUGCACUGCUGUGAUUUCCAAUGUAUUAAAUUGUUUUAAUAAAAAAUAAAAUAGUACUAUUACAAUAUUUCUCUA